GCUACACUAACUACAAUAACCACAUUAGUCUAUUUUUAAAAAUUUUAAAAUACAGUAAAAACCCUGCAAACGCUCCACCGCUCUGCUCGAAUUCUCCGGCGGCAGUUUCUCCGGCAACCGGUGACUUCUGCACCGAAAAGCUAUUGUAAAUGGCAACGGCAACCUAUCCACCUCCACCGCCAUAUUACAGGCUGUACACGGAUUACGAAAGAGACCCAACCUCUGCUCCAGAACCUCCUCCUCCUAUUCAAGGGACCUACCUGCUAUAUGGUUCCAGUUACACUACCGAUGAUAUAUUGCCAAGUUUAGAAGAUCAAGGUGUUCGUCAAUUGUACCCAAAAGGCCCAAAUCUUGAUUUCAAAAAGGAAUUGCGGUCACUAAACAGGGAGCUUCAGCUGCAUAUUUUAGAGCUUGCGGAUGUUUUAAUAGCGAGGCCAUCGCAAUACGCAAGGAGAGUUGAAGACAUUUCUCUUAUAUUCAAAAAUUUGCAUCACCUUCUCAAUUCAUUACGUCCACAUCAGGUUUGUCAACCCGAUAUACAACAUCUGACCCGAUUGUAUCAACGGCUAGUGAUUCUGGGCCUGGGCCACAACUGCUAUCAAGUGGUCUGACGGGUGAUGGCUGAACAGCAAAGCCAUUGAUGGGAUUAAUGUAUUUUUGCUCAAACGAAUGACAAUCGUAUCCAUCGAUCCUGAAUGGUUAACCGUAACAAUAAGGUUCGCCAGGAAAUGAAGGCGCAUACUCUCGGCCCUCCUACAUGUCCAUGCCGAUCGAAUUUGCGAAUCAUGUGGCGGACAUCUUCAACGGAUUUCAUUGUAAUCUAAACUCAAAAUCCUCUGGCAUCAAUUGAUAGUUGAGGAUCAUUUCACCAUUGAACAUGCUUGUAAACUUCUUCAUAAGUAAAUCGAAUCCAAAGUUA